GCCAUGCAUUUGCUCUGUAUGGUUGCCCUUGAGCGACCGUCAAGCCUCACCAAGGGUCAUGACUACCGUCGAGCGCUCCCGAACUUUGGACAGACCGAACCCAAGGAGCCGAGGGCAGGGGUGCAUCGAAUUAAUUUGAGAAGGAGACUUUUCAAAUAGAGCUCGGGAUCCUCAAACUUCCCAGGUUUGGUAAUUUCCUUUUUUCGCGCACCGCAAUUGGGAAGCGCUUGUUUUUCUCAUCUUCAUCCAUCGCUAUCAUCGUGUCACAGCAAAUAUGGCUGACAAGGAACACGUCGCGGAGGAAAAGGUGUCCGUCCAAGAUGGUCCCGUCGAGAAAACUUGGGGGACCGCCCAUGAUGCCGCUGAGAGAGGCCAUGCAGCAACAGACAUCUACGGGAAUGCGCUCGUCCAAUUUGACCCCAAAGCAGAGGCAAAGUUGCGAAGGAAGAUCGACUUGAUGAUUGUACCUACCGUGGCAUUAUUGUAUCUCUUCUGCUUUAUUGAUCGGGCCAAUGUUGGUAAUGCAAGAUUGGCAGGUCUCGAAAGGGAUCUCAAGCUCAAAGGCUAUGACUAUAACACCGUGCUCUCGGUGUUUUACAUCUCAUAUAUUAUAUUUGAGAUCCCCUCCAACAUGGCCUGCAAGUACUUCGGACCUGGCAAAUAUAUCCCGGCGAUCACGCUCGCCUUUGGCAUCGUCUCCGUGGGCACUGCAUUCUGCCACAAUCUUGCGGCCGUCUGCGGCGUCCGCUUCCUCCUUGGUAUCUUCGAAGCAGGGAUGCUCCCAGGUAUCGCAUACUAUAUGUCCAGAUGGUACCGGAGGACCGAAUUGGCAUUCCGUCUCUCCCUCUACAUCGUCAUGGCUCCGCUAGCGGGCGCCUUUGGUGGACUUCUGGCGUCCGCUAUCCUCACUCUGGACCAUUUCGGUUCGUUGAAAGAAUGGAGGAUGAUCUUCGCCAUCGAAGGGAUCAUCACAUGUGGCCUGGCCUUGAUCGGGUUCAUCACCUUAACUGAUCGACCGGAGACGGCCCGUUGGCUGUCGCAGGAGGAGAAGGACCUUGCCAUUGCUCGUGUCAAGUCCGAGCGAGUCGGCACCACGGAGGUUCUCGAGAAGCUGGACACCAAGAAACUCAUCAAAGGCAUUUUCAGUCCCGUGACGAUCGGGACCUCGUUUAUCUUCCUUCUCAACAACAUCACCGUGCAAGGUCUCGCAUUCUUCGCGCCCACGAUCGUGCGCACCAUCUACCCCGACGCCAGCGUGGUCACGCAGCAGCUGCGUACCGUCCCUCCGUACGUGGUCGGAGCGUUCUUCACCCUCGCGCUCCCCUUCAUCAGCACGAAGACUGAUAACCGCACCUAUCCGAUGGCUGCGGGAUCCCCGUUGGUGAUGAUCGGAUACAUCAUGUUCCUUGCCAGCAACGUAGCGCAAGUGCGGUACGGCGCGACGUUCAUCAUCGCGAGCGGUGCCUUCGCCUUGGGCGCUCUGUGCAAUGCACAGGUCGCGGCCAACGUCGUUUCCGACACGGCACGCUCGGCCGCUAUCGGCACGAACGUCAUGUUCGGGAACAUCGGAGGGUUGAUCUCGACGUGGUCGUUCUUGCCGUCCGAUGCACCGAACUACAAGAUCGGGAACGGACUGAAUUUGGCGACGUCGUCGACCAUUUUGCUCUGCACGGUCGGGCUGAUGGUCUGGAUGCUGGCGGAUAAUAAGAUCAGGGCGAAGCUGGAGGUGGACAAGGAACUGGAAGGCCUCACUCAGCGUCAAAUCCAGGACUUGGAUUGGAAGCAUCCUGGUUUCAGAUGGAGGAUCUAGUGGUGGUCAACCCGUCACGGAAGGCUUAUUUACCUGGUUUCCUGUGUAUUGUGAUAGUGCUGUAUCAGCUACUCGAAUGUUUGCAUAUUCAUUUAUAAUAUCAUUUCGAGUUUCAAAGUUUCGUCCGACUGUUGAGCGCGAGCGGAUCCAUUCUAUUCGAUUUUCAAGUCAGUGGAUCCACUUUACGACCGGCGUCAUCAAAUCUGCUCUAGUGUCUCCAUCGCGGCCAUCCCCCACACUUCCCCGCAAAGUCGCUAUGUUUCGGUACGUAUUAU